AUGCUCGAUCAAUCCGCCGGAUUCAACGCCAACGCCGAUUGGGUCAACUACAAGGGCGCAUGGGUGAUCCACGUCGUGCUCAUCCUCGUCGCCAAGAUCCUGCUAGACGUCAUCCCUGCCAUGCAGCAAGAUACAUCGUGGACGCUCGUCAAUCUAGGGUAUAUGGCUCUGUCCUACCUCAUGUUCCACUACGUGACCGGAACGCCGUUCGAGUCCAACGCAGGCGUGUACGAUCAGCUCACCCUGUGGGAGCAGAUCGACGAAGGCGCGCAGUACACGCCGGCGAAAAAGUGGCUGACGUCGGUACCGAUCGGUCUGUUCCUCAUCUCGACGCACUACACGAGGUACAAUCCUUUGCUGUUCAGCCUCAACUUCUCGGCGUUGCUCUUCGUGCUCUUCCCCAAGCUGCCCAUUCUGCAUCGGCUCAGGUUCAAGUUUUUCGCUCCACCACCUACGCCCAGCCCGCAUCCUAGCCAGCCACCUACACCGACGGGGACACGUACACCGAGUCAGGUCGGGUUCUGA